GGUUCAGAGGGGAGCGGACUUGGCCGCGAGCAGCGGGGGCUGACAGUUAGUGAGGAGAUAAGGUCAGUGAAAAGCGGGAAGCUCGUGUAACAGGACGCGUGGAGGAGUGGCGUGAGCUGCCUCUCGUUACUGACCCCAGAGCGGAGAUGAGCGGUGCGCGGUGAGCGCUUCAUCAAUGGCCGGCAGACGCAGCAUCGGGAGGGUCAGCUCGGACCCCAGUGUCGUGACCCAAGCCAUCGCCGUCGCUGAGCAGCUGAGUGUGGAGUGCUCCACAUUACUGGAACUUUAUAAGCAGAAAGAGUCUUUCACCUCGGAAGUGGCGGACAGUCGCCUGGUGUCUGUGCCUCACCCUUCUGCCCAGCUGGACUCCGGGGACAAACUCUGGUCCCUCCACAUGGCCCUGCUUCAGUGCCGGGGCCUGAUGAAGAGAGCCGUGGAGCGAGAGGAGAAGGAGCUGGGCAGUGAGAAGAACGGCAGCUACGAGGGUCAGAGGCGGGUGGUGAAGGAGCGUCUCUCUCUGCUGGUCGGCAGGACCGCUGAGAUCCUCAAAGCUGUGAAGGGUGCAGCGGCGGCGCCUCCUAGCUUGGCGGAACCUGAGUGGGACGGUUCCUCCACGUUUGAGCUGAAAGUUUGGGUGUUUCGGGUGUUUAAGGAGGUGGACUACUGGACCAAGGCCACCAUCACGACGCUGAAAAGUCUCUCGAAGAGCAAAGAGCCUGUCGCAGCCAGCAGGAACAGAAGUGACAGGAAUGGAUACAGAUAGAAAAGUUUGAACUGAUGUGAAGCAAAACACGAGUUAAACCCUGCUGAACUAUAAGUUAUUUCAUCACUACCAUCUAGCGGUUGAACUACGCUAUUAACCAAUUCGCUCGGGCAGUGCGAGAAAAUAAAAUGUGCACUUUAAAACAAAAAAUGGUGUUGGAACAGGCUCCAUUAUCAAACAAUAUAUCUUUAACUUUAUUUGGAUACACUGAUAAAACUGUUUUUAAUUGAUGUAUAGGUAUGAGUUCUCGCUGUGAAGGCCACACUUUUAUAUCAUUUGAUAAAGACCUAAUGUGUCUGAAUUAAAUAGCGAAAAUUCAUUUGUGAGUAUUUAACAAUGGAUUGAUUCAUUGUUGUGGUAGUGUCUCAAGUUGUCGAGGCAGAACAAGUUGUUGUUGUUGCUAGUAUUCAUUUGUUGAAACUGGAAGUGGAGAGUUUUUUUCACGUGGAAAUGUUCCUGAUUUUUAAUCCUUUUAAGGUUCAGACAUGCCGUGAAGUCAGUGGUGUUGUUGAGGUUUUAUUGUUGUGCAUUGUUCCACAGUUUAUAUUCCACUGUUGGUCUGGAGAACCUGCAUUUACCAAGCUCACGUGGCACCUUUCAUUAUAAAGCGACUUGCUUCAGAUGUGUCGCGGAUUCCAUGACAUUCCUUUGAAUUAUAUUUUAUAUUUUUGUUUAUUUCUUGUUACGUUGUUUUCUUUACUUCUUAGUCAGGACUACUGAUCCAACAGAGGGAAAUGAGAAUUAUGUACUACUGUUUAUUUUAUUUUUUAAACUUUAUUUUUCUGUUGUGACUAGUAACAAACAUAAUAAAGUACGACAA